AUGCAUGUGUAUGAUAUUGAAUUAAUAUCCUUAUUGCAGAAUAGGCCGAAAUUUGGAAGUCUUUAUACAGAUCAAAUAUCAAAAAAAGACAUUAGUUUUCAAUGUUUAAAGCAAUCUUUUCUGGAUAACAAUGCAAAUUUAAACAUUAGUGUUCAAGAUGAAAUUAUUAAUAGCAGAUCAAGCUAUUUAAUACCACUCUUAGCAUCAGAAUACCCUAACAAACUCUUAACUGAGUAUAGGUCCCUAGAUUUAGAGUUGCAAAUAUUAAGAAAUUCUGUCCAAAAAUCUACUUUAGAUAACUCAACAAAACUUAUUAAGAGAAAUAAACAAGUUGUUGGUGAGGUUAGAAAGAAAUUUAUCGAUUUUGAGAAGAAAAUAAAAGUAACUAUUAAUAAUGUUUUCACAACCAUUAUUGAGAGAUCAAACUCAAACCAAUUGUUAUUAUUGCAGAAGUUAUCUCAGUUCAGAAAGUUAACCAUUUUGAGAAAGAUAUUAAAACUUUUAGUAGAAUUGGUUGAAUUGCCAAACCUUAUUGAAAGUUUUAUUUCUGCAAAUAUGACAGACGAAGCUUUGGAUACUCUUGAAUAUAGUGAGUCAACUAUUAAACUGUUGGAAGCUUCAGUUUCCUGUAAUAAAAUUUGGCAAAAUGAAGAGCAGACUUUUAUUUCAACUCUUAUUGAAAAAACGAAACAUAAAAUAAACUUGGUAAAAGACUCACUUUACUUAUUAAUAAGGUCUAGACUAAAUUUUGAUCAACUAUCCCUUUUAAGUACUCUGGAAACAAUUGGCCAUCUUAGAAGAUUAAUUUGCCUUAAUAAUGAAAUAAUUGCAGUUAAACAUGGUUUUUUAGAAGAAAUAUGUUUCCGGAAUAAAAUUUACUCAGAAACUGAUUAUGGGUUAACAGAUUGCAUGCUUGCGAAAGUCUUUUUGAUAGCUAGGAGUGAAUUCAUUGAUAUUGAAUACAGAAAUAAAUCUAUUAUGCUCACAAAAUUGAAUUCCUGUGCAUCUCUGAAAUUCGCAACAGCACUAUUCGACUCACCACUGUUAACCGUAAUAUCAACAUUCAAUUCACUCUUUUCAGGUGGAUACGAGUAUGUUUGGCUAUCUAGUAGUUGGGUGAAUAACUAUAUCAAUUGGUUUUUUUAUUUUUUCAAAAAAACGCUAACUUUAGUAAAGAACAAAAAUUUUGAAAAAAACAAUUUGGUUCCAAUUGAUUGCACAAAUAAAUGCUUUCUACCAAAGUCAUUAUCUACCAAGACGAUUUACAUUGCUCAAUUUGACUUGGAUAACAUUCCAAUUACAUUUUCUUCUUGUCAAGAUUUAUAUUUACAACUUUACAACGUAUUUUCAUUUUCAAAACCUACUUUAUUAAUAAGUAUAUCUUUACUUGAAAACUACAUGAUUGAAUAUUAUAGAAAAAUGCUUGAGUUCUGUAUGGAUGUAUUUUCAUUUGAGUUUAAAGAAUAUAACUGGAAUAAUGAAAUACAAACCAAUAAUCUUGAAAUUAGUAAAAUUAGACCAAUCUCUAUUCUUAGAAAUGAAUUUGCAAAUAUUCUCAAUGAGAUAAAACAAUGCUCAUUGAAAUCUUUAAAAUCUUUUAUUUUGGACCUUACUGAUGAAUUUUUAUCAUUAAUUUUGAUCGAAAUGGAAGAUUUAAGAAAAACCCAUAUUUCAAUCUCAAAUUCACCCCAAAAUGAAAAUGCGUCAGUAAUAAACAUUGAUAAGAUUAUUUCACUGUAUAAUAUUGAAGUUGUACCAUAUAUUCGUUCUUCAAUUUCUUCAAUAUACAAUAAUUAA